AUCAACAUUAAUGGCUUCCAUUUCCAAGCCAUUGAAUGGAGAAAGAAGACUCUUUGAGCUUCUUGAAGAACAACAAGAGCCAUUUCUCUUAGAUGUCUAUCUUUUAGAGAAUGGUUACUCUGAUAACAAGAUGUUUGAUUCUCAUUCUCAAGCUUUGUGUUGGCCUAGCAUUGUUGCAUGCAAGACACUCAAAAGAAUGAGUACCAAGACAUUCAGAAGAAGAACAAGAAGAAGAAGACAUAGUUUUUUUCGAUGCAUUGUUAGAAAAGCAUUGGAUUGGAGUCAUCAUCAAAAUGACUGCAAGGCCUUGAAGUUCGAUCGGUUAUCCUUCUCCGGCGAUGACUCUUCUCCGUCAAGCCCCGUCUCGGUUCUCGACUUGAAUUCCAAUGACUAUAGUUCUUUGAAAGAUGAUUAUGAUGAUGGUGAAUUCGAUCUUUUCGAAGAACUUAUUAUGAAGACUUCAAGUGAGAAAGAGAAGGAUAAAGAGAAAGCAAUGGAAUCAAUUGAAAGUGAAAGAAGAGAUAUAUCAAACAUAUCAAAUUUGAUAGCUUUGGAUGUAUUGAAAUCAAGCAAGGAAUGGAACCAUUUUGAGCAUGAAAUCAAAGAGAUUGGAAUGCAAAUUGAAGCUGAAAUCUUUGAAGAACUUAUUGUAGACUUGCUUGGAUUUUAGAAGCGAAAUAGUUUGUAAAAUUUUGCUUUUUUUUUUUUUGUAAUUACUUAUUAAUUUACUAUUA